AUGUCGGAGAAAGAAAACAGCCUCAACAACACCGCAGGUGGUUCCCCCGCGGAAGAGGACAAGCAGGAGGAGAAAGAGCAGGAGAAGGAAAAGCCGGCAAAGAAGAAAUCUGAGGAGGCCGGUUCUUCACCGCCACCAAAGCGCAUGCGAGUCGACGAUCCGGCCCGCGGAGAGCUGGUUCGGCUGCUCGUCGAGAUGGAUGUACAACAGGCAGAGCUGGAAUUGAGCGCUAGUGGCUGCGACUCAGGGAAUCUUGGUGGCGCUGGCGGCAGCAAUUCCAAUAAGACCCAACUGGAGUCCCAAGAGUUGGAUGAGGAAGAGCAGGAGGAGGAUGAAGAGCAGGAAGAAGAAGAGGAGGAGGAUGAAGAGCAGGAAGAAGAAGAGCAGGAGGAGGGAGAGCCGACAAAGAAAAAACCCGAGGAGGCCGGUUCGACGCCGUCACCAAAGCACAUGGGUGCCGCCUAGGAAUGCUCGGUUGGUCCGCUGUACAGCUACAUGUUUGGUGACACGGUUUACUUCAUCGUCACCUGGAAGGGAUCCCCAGUUGGGGAAGCCGUGCCUGUCGAGCACAUCAAACAUGUGCACGACAAGCUACUCAUUGACUUCAUUACGUGCUUGAAGCUACAGGACUAAAAAACUCCGAAGCCCAAAAAUUUAUAAUAUAAUUAGAGCGAUCUCCCAGCCAUCAUUAAAAUACUUUGAAUCAGAUCACAAUAUAUAACUCAAAUUACUUCUUUUUUUUUGUAUUUGUCUUGUAACACAAAGCUUGCUUCAAAAUAAAACUGAAUU